GCAACUCGCAGCAAGUGACGUAAUGGAGAGCUAGUGAGCGUCACCUACGACUUUCAUUCCUCUGUGCCCGGCCGGUGUCCAGUUCACUCCACUCCACUUCAUUCCAUCUCGUGUGCUCCUCGCCCACCACCACCACCUCAUAUUCAUCAUGUCUCUGGAGGAGAAAUUCAACGAGGCUGCUGAGAAUGUGAAGAAACUGAAGACACAGCCCAACGAUGAGGAGCUAAAGGAGCUGUAUGGCUUGUACAAGCAGGUCACUGUGGGAGACAUCAACACAGAGCGUCCAGGCAUGCUGGACUUUAAGGGCAAGGCGAAGUGGGAUGCCUGGAACUCCCGGAAGGGGAUGACCAAGGAGGCAGCUAUGGAGGCUUACGUCGCUAAGGCAGACCAACUUAUUGCUACUUAUGGCCUUCAGUAAUUUCCUUGUUUGGUCCCUUUACCUCCACAAAUUUUAAAAUUUGAUGUCUCCUGUGUUUUAUAAUUUAAAAAAUGGCACAAGGAUUAAAUGUUAAAAUACUCCUUUUCCAGCACCUCGAUUUGAUUAUUAAUAAAUGUCUGCUUACUUAAA